AAAAGGUUUGCGCUGCCUGAUAUGCUACUCAAUACUAAGCAACAGCUGACUGUCAGCAGAAAGCCAUUGCUUGUCUUUAUUGUCUUAUCCUGCUCUUCUCCAUUUCUGUCUUCGUGCUGGUGGAAUAAGGACACGCAGGAAUUUAUCGACAUUUUUGAGAAACAUCUCACACAAACAUCUCUAUUCUAACUGAAAGCAAAAAAGAUCAAAUUAAACAGGACCGAUGAUGUACCAGUUACCUUCACAUAAUCCCAGGGAAAAAAUCCCAAUUCCAACUACAUUUAGAGAUUCACUCUCACUCCUCGACAUUGUAUGGUCUGAUAUGUUCGAGACUGAUCGUGUUAAUCCUGACGUAGCUAGACAGCAUCAGACUGACUUUCUUAAAGGAGCCCCACCACAGUGGCUGAAUUUUCACCAAGUGAACUUACCACUGGUUGAAAGGGAUGGCUUUAAUGAUUUAAUAGACUUAAUUGAGAAGGGAAAAAGAAAACGCAGUCUCAUUACUGACGUUUCUUUACGAUACCAGCCUGGAAGUGGAGGCUCAACUCUCGCCAUGCAGGUGCUUUGGCAUUUCCGGAAAGAUCUCAGAUGUGCCAGAGUGAUCGAUUCAGAUCUAGACACCAAAAAGCUGUCGAAACAAGUGGUGGACCUUUUUCUGCUGUCUAAUGAAGAACACGCAGAACAAAAUCAGAGAACUGUACUGCUGUUACUGGACACCAAGGAAAAGAUAAAUGAUCAGUCAGUCAAGCAAAUUCUCUGGGAAGACCUGAUUGAAGAAGUCCACGAGAGGCACAUCAGUACAGAAACUCCAGCCGUGAUCAUUCUGAACUGCAUCCCUACAGACUUCACUCUAAAAGACACAUUUAUUCUUCCUCCAAACCUCUCUGAAGAGGAAAUCACACAAUUCAGGGAAAAACUUCUGCAACAGAUCCGACUACAGAGAAAAAGCCAUUGGAAAAUUACGGCCAUAAAUCUGUUCCACCACAAAGACAGCGGCGGAUCAGCACUAGCCGGGGAGGUACUGUCAGAACUGAGUAAAGAGUUCACAUGUGAAACCCGGACAGAACCAUUCAAAACAGAUAUCACAGAAAACAGAGAUGAGUUUGAGAGAGAGGUUGAAAAUAUGGCAGAUGAGUUUCACAGAAAAUAUGAAAAGCAAAACAAACCUGUGCUUCUCCUGGUCAUUCACGAAGAUGAUAAGCCUCUACGCUACUUAAUAAAGAAUCUGCAGUCAAAGCUUCAGCAUCGAACCGAUCAUCCUGCAUUCAUCAUCAUCAACGCUGUUAGCAGGAGUGCUGUUCGAGUCCCAGGCACUGUGAAGAUUAAAAUGGAGCUCUUACCAGAUGAGAAGAAAAAGUUUGAUGAGAAAACGGAGGAGAUUAAAAAUAAAUACAAGAAAAU